CUCCAUUUUCAAAAUCAGCGAAUUACCGUAAAUUCCCCACAAAUAGGAUUUGCAAAGAUUUUAACAUUUUUAGAUGUGUGUAACAAAUAUCAAAAAAAAAUUUCUCGAUAUAUGAUCUGCACUUACAAAAAAAAUUUUUCCCGUUGAAAUUUUGUUCGAUUGUUUUGACUUUCUUUCAUAGACAAAUUAUGGUUUAUAAACGAUUAUUUACUCCAAUUAAAUCUAAUUUGACUUUUGGUCUAUUAAUAUUAAAUUUAAUCGUAUUUUUAAGUGUACUAGUUCAUGCUGGACAAAACAAUAUACCAAAAGGAGUUGCAAAAUCAGAUGCACACCUUUAUGAAAAGAAAGGUUCAACUUGGAAGUGUUUAGACGGCUCAGCAACAAUAGAAUACGAGGCAAUUAAUGAUGAUUACUGCGAUUGUGCUGAUGGUUCUGAUGAACCAGGAACGUCUGCAUGUCCAAAUGGCAGGUUUUUUUGCACAAAUUCCGGACAUAUUUCAUCAUAUAUAUCGUCCAGCCGCGUGAAUGAUGGAGUUUGCGAACCUGAAUGUUGUGAUGGGUCAGAUGAGUAUGACGGAAAAAUAGAAUGUCCAAAUGAUUGCGAGAAAGUUGGUGCUGAAUACCGUAGGCAUGCAGAACAAUUGGCCAAAAUGCGAGCUAAGGGAGCGCAAAUAAAAAGCGAAUACAUUGAAUACGGUAAAAAAUCGAAACAACAACUUGAAUCUGAAUUGAACCGAUUAAAAACCCUUCUUGAAGCCACAAAGAUUAGAGUCGCAGAACGUGAAGUUGCAUUGAAAAAAGUUCAGGAGAAAGAAAAAGCCGAAUCAAAGACAAAAGAUCAUAUACGCAUACAAAAAUAUCAAGUAAAAAUUAGAACAUUGCGAGAGCGUGAAGAGAGGCUUCGUGAACAAAUAGAUACUUUACUUAAUAUUCUUAAGGAUAUGAAAAAGGAUCAUAAUCAAAAUUACCAUGAUAUGGCUGUUAAAGCUGCUAUUAAAGGGUAUGAUGAAUUUGUAGAAGAGUAUGAAAGGGAAAUGGAAGAAAAUAUGGAAUUUGAUCAAGAGGACGAAAUUGAUGAAGAAGAAGUAAAAGGAGAAGAAUCGCAAGCUCCUGAAAUUGAGACAUCAUUACCUUCGUUAAGCGAACGAAUUUCUGGUGCCCUUUUAGAUGUUUACAAUGACAUCUUGGAAACUUUUGGGCUAUCAGAAUAUGUCAUUCGUAAACCCGAACAACAAUAUUCAAGACCUUCAGAUGGUGGCAAAUCUAAAGAAGUAAUAGCAGCAUAUGAUGCGUAUGACGAAGCUGAGGAAGAGAAAAGGAAAGUUGAAAAUGAUAUCACCGAAGUUAAUAAAAAACUUGAAAAAGAUUAUGGCACUCAACUAGAAUUUGCAAAGUUGGAUGGUGAAUGCUUUAGUCAUGAUGCUAAGGAUUAUACAUAUACAAUAUGUAUGUUUGACAAGGCAACUCAAAAAAGUAAUAAAGAUCAUGUAUCAACACAUUUGGGUUACUUUGAAAAAUGGAUUGGAGCUGAAUCAAAGGAAGAUGACAAAUAUUACACAGCACAAUUAUAUACUCGUGGAACAAGAUGUUGGAAUGGACCAGAGAGAUCUGUUAAAUUAUAUCUUGAAUGUGGCAUAGAGAAUAAAAUUUUUUCAGUUGCCGAGCCAGAGAAAUGUGAAUAUAUAAUGAAAAUGACAACGCCAGCUGUUUGUCCUUCGAUUGAGAAGUUAAAUCACGAGGAAUUGUAAAAGGUUAUUAAUUUAUUUAAAAUUUAAAAUAUAUAAUGUCCUGUAAAUAAACAAAAUAAUAAUUGUUCCCCAAGUACUAUUUUAAAUAAAAAAAAGGAAGUUUAAUUAUAAUAAUUAAGAGCUAACUUGUUUAAUUAAUUUGGCUAAAUUUAUAUCAAAUAAUUCGGAUUUAAUUGGCAUUUCAGGAGUAUAAAAAGGAUUUUUCAUAACAUAAUCGCUAUAAAUAUCAUAAGUACGACGAAGUAAUAAAUCAAUGUUUCCGUGGGUUGGUUCAGCAAUGAUUAAAAAUUUUGUACCUAAAAUUUUAUUAAAAUAUAUUUAUAUUAGGAUAAUUAGGAGAAUCGAAAUGACAUUUUAAAAGAAAUA